GACAGAUUGAGAGUUGGGAGGAGCCUGCCGCGGUGAGUUCACCUCAGGACAAGACUGAAGGACAAAACAAGCAAGAAGGAGACGAAAGGUAACGCCAGCAACAGGCGCACUGCGAGGGAAAUAAAGACUUAGCAUAUCGCCUGCCUGAAAAAGAAUGUCGUUGUCGGCUGUUGGGCGGGUGCUUGCCGCCGCGUCGCAUUCGAGCCACGAGGGAGGAGCGAGGACCUGGAAGAUCCUGACCUUCGUCCUGGCCUUGCCCGGUGUGGCCGUGUGCAUUGCCAACGGCUACAUGAAGAUGCAGGCGCACUCGCACGAGCAGCCGGAAUUUGUGCCCUACGAACACCUCCGCAUCCGCACCAAGAAAUUCCCAUGGGGCGAUGGCAACCACUCACUGUUCCACAACGCUCACGCCAACGCUCUGCCCGACGGCUACGAGAACUCCCACCACUGAAGGGCUGCCCUUCUACACCGUGAUGAUGUCUUGCACUGAAAUAAAGAUCACCAUUGUGCUUGCA